CAUUUCUUACAGGUUCCCUUGCGUCAGAAGACAAAAAAGAAAAGUCAAGGGUUCUUUACAAUGAGCCGACGGAGGAUAUCGUGUAAAGAGCUGGGGCAAGCUGAUUGCCAAGGAUGGCUUUACAAAAAGAAGGAAAAAGGAGCUUUCAUUGGCAACAAAUGGAAGAAGUUCUGGUGUGUGUUGAAGGAGUCAUCACUGUAUUGGUACAGCAGUCAGUUGGCUGAAAAAGCAGAAGGGUUCAUCAGACUUCCAGACUUCAGUGUGGACCGAGCAACUGAAUGCAAAAAAAAGCAUGCUAUUAAGAUCAGCCACCCACAGAUCAAGACAUUUUAUUUUGCGGCAGAAAAUGUUCUGGAAAUGAACACGUGGCUAAGCAAGCUGGGGAUGGCUGUAGACCCGCAGGCACCCAAUGGGAAGAAUGAGGAAGAAUGCUACAGUGAAAGUGAACAUGAUGAUCCAGAAAUAACAGACACACCACCUCCCCCCUACACAGUCCAACCACCACCUCCUCCUUCGCAGGACCAGCAGAAGUCUUCUUUCACCUCAACUCAGUCAAGUGAAGCAUCUUGUUCUCUCUCCUCUCCUGAAAGCACUUUUACCUCCCAAGAGUCAUCUUCCUCCUUGACGUCCAAAGUGGUUUAUUCUGAGAGGCAGUCCUGGCUUGACCUAGUUAAUAGCUCUGCCACAGAAGAGGGUGAUCAGCCUUUAACUUUCUGCGUACAGAUUCACUCUGAUGAGCCGCCAGAAGUAGACUGUGGGGAAGUGGCAGAAAGCCAGGAGAUCCAGCUUUCCAAACCUGGUGGUGGAUCCCAAAACUCUUUUUUAGGUCUGGAUGCACACUGUCUAGCUGUGCCAGAUGCAACAGGACAGAGAUCACUAGCCAAAGAUCAGGAAAACUGUGAUGAUGAUGAGAUGGAGCGACUUUACAAGUCAUUAGAACAAGCAAGCCUGUCUCCCAUUGGUGAUCGUCGGCUGUCAACGAAGAAGGAGCUUAGGAAGUCAUUUAUCAAACGCAGCAAAAACCCCUCCAUUAAUGAGAAACUCCACAAAAUUCGAAUGCUGAACAGCACGUUAAAGUGUAAGGAACAUGACCUGGCUACAAUUAACCAGUUGCUAGAGGACCCAAAGUUGACGGCGAUGAAGUACAGAGAGUGGAGGAACACAAACAUCAUGCUGGUCCAAGAUAUCUAUCAGCAGCAGGAGGCCCAGGAUGUGUCCAUAGAGAACAGCGAGGAGCAAGAGAUGACUCCACAACCUAUUGCUGAAAGUGCUAUCUGAGGCCAUGGUUCGAUGGUUCACAGCAAGAUUUUUCCCCAUGGGUCUUCAAGUACAGGCACUUUAAACCGCUGCAUUUUGUGGUUUGUUUUUUGCAAGUGUUCUUUGGAAGGAAGACAACCCCUUCUCCAAAGCUUUAUUUCCUCUUGCAAAACUUAUUUCGUGUCAAAAGGGCGAAUCCCCCAAAUUAAAAAUGCAUGCUUGAGCCUGGGCUGCAUACCUAAGAAGGCUAUUCUAUGAAGCAGCAAAGAAAUGUUUUUUUAUCUCGGGAGAAGUAAACGAAAUAUUUCCGACUCCUGGAAGUCACAGUGCUGUAUAAUAUGAACUGUAUAAAUGUGAGGUCCUUGGGAUUGUUUUAACCAUGUAACUUACUGUUAAAGGAAGCUGCAACAAUGCCAACAGGAUGUAGUCUACUGUCUACCUUUUUACCCUUUAAGGUGACCUGAUGUAUGCGUUUUCAGUUCUACAUUCGUUCACUUUCACUGCUCUACCUGUUUAAACUGAAACAAACAGAAUAGCAAUUAUGCGUGAGUUUAUAUUACAAACAGUUGUCAGGCACUCAGUUUGUGCUCUACCUGAUAUUUUAUGAGUUUCAAAUUUAUUUAUGGACCAGAUCAAGGUACUGUCUUUCUACAUGAAGAAGAGAAAGUUCUCUAAGUGUUUGCUAACAUGUAAUCUACUCUUCAGUGAGGCAGCUAAUGCUUCGACAAGUUUCAAGUUUUCUUAUGGACUUGGCAGAAUUCCUUGGAAGAUUAUUUUCUUCUUUCUUAAUUUUGACAAUUGUGAAUAUGUAAGGUACAAGUUAAUCCCAGAUUCCUACCUAAGAAAGUGAUCAGGUUCACAAGGCAGAAGCUAAAUAAUUAAAUUCCUGAUGUGGACCUGAAAGUGUAAAACAUAGCUGCAAAUAUUUUUGUAAAUAUAUGUCGUUUUAUGGCUUAUAUGAAUGUGACUAUGUACUGUAUAUAUGUUUUAUUUAUAUAUUUAUAUAUGCUGAAUUUCCUAAUGUAGAUAGGCACGCAUGGACCAGACCCACCCAGAUGAGUGCUUAUAGGUUGA